GGAGGCACCCAGGGGAGGGAGGGGCGGCGGGGCCGAGCCCACCGAGCGGAGCGCGCCGGCCGCCGGUGGUCGCCGCCAGCAUGCCCCGGCCCACGGGCCGCUCCGCCGCCAGCCACCCUCGCGGCCCUCGGCGGCCCGCGCUCGGCCCAAAGGCGCGGGAAUCGCAGCCGGAGCCGGAGGCGGGAGCAGCGAGCCGGAGCCCCGGACGCCCGAAUGCAGGAUGCUCAUGGUCCCCAGCAUCCCUGAGCCGCCAGGAGUGAGGGCUGCUGCUCCCCGAGACCUGGCUCCAAGGAGGAUGCCACAGCCGCCUGUCAGCUCUGGUCUGCACCAUGAGUGAUGAGCGGCGGCUGCCUGGCAGUGCAGUGGGCUGGCUGGCAUGUGGGGGCCUCUCCCUGCUGGCCAAUGCCUGGGGCAUCCUCAGCGUUGGCGCCAAGCAGAAGAAGUGGAAGGCCCUGGAGUUCCUGCUGUGUACGCUUGCGGCCACCCACAUGCUCAACGUGGCUGUGCCCAUUGCCACCUACUCCGUGGUGCAGCUGCGGCGGCAGCGCCCCGACUUCGAGUGGAAUGAGGGUCUCUGCAAGGUCUUCGUGUCCACCUUCUACACCCUCACCCUGGCCACCUGUUUCUCCGUCACUUCCCUCUCCUACCACCGCAUGUGGAUGGUCUGCUGGCCCGUCAACUACCGGCUAAGCAAUGCCAAGAAGCAGGCGGUGCACACUGUCAUGGGUAUCUGGAUGGUGUCCUUCAUCCUGUCGGCCCUGCCUGCCGUUGGCUGGCACGACACCAGCGAGCGCUUCUACACCCAUGGCUGCCGCUUCAUCGUGGCUGAGAUCGGCCUGGGCUUCGGUGUCUGCUUCCUGCUGCUGGUGGGCGGUAGCGUGACCAUGGGUGUGGUCUGCACAGCCAUCGCCCUCUUCCAGACGCUGGCCGUGCAGGUGGGGCGCCGGGCCGACCACCGCGCCUUCACCGUGCCCACCAUCGUGGUGGAGGAUGCGCAGGGCAAGCGGCGCUCCUCCAUCGAUGGCUCGGAGCCCGCCAAAACCUCUCUGCAGAUCACGGGCCUCGUGACCACCAUAGUCUUCAUCUACGAUUGCCUCAUGGGCUUCCCUGUGCUGGCAGCCAGGAGGGAGACAGAGCAGGGCCACACAUUGCUGCCCAGCGGCCAGGUGGUGAGCUUCAGCAGCCUGCGGGCCGACGCCUCAGCACCCUGGAUGGCGCUUUGCGUGCUGUGGUGCUCCGUGGCCCAGGCCCUGCUGCUGCCUGUGUUCCUCUGGGCCUGCGACCGCUACCGGGCCGACCUCAAGGCUGUCCGGGAGAAGUGCAUGGCCCUCAUGGCCAACAACGAGGAGUCAGAUGACGAGACCAGCCUGGAAGGUGGCAUCUCCCCGGAUCUGGUGUUGGAGCGCUCCCUGGACUAUGGCUAUGGAGGUGACUUUGUGGCCCUAGAUAGGACGGCCAAGUAUGAGAUCUCUGCUCUGGAGGGGGGCCUGCCCCAGCUCUACCCGCUGCGGCCCCUGCAGGAGGACAAGAUGCAGUACCUGCAGGUCCCACCCACGCGGCGCUUCUCCCACGAUGACGCGGACGUGUGGGCCGCCGUCCCGCUGCCCGCCUUCCUGCCGCGCUGGGGCUCCGGCGAGGACCUGGCCGCCCUGGCGCACCUGAUGCUGCCCGCCGGGCCCGAGCGGCGCCGCGCCAGCCUGCUGGCCUUUGCGGAGGACGCACCCCCGUCCCGCGCGCGCCGCCGCUCGGCCGAGAGCCUGCUGUCGCUGCGGCCCUCGGCCCUGGACAGCGGCUUGUGGCGAGCCUGCGACUCGCCCCCCGGCAGCCCGCGCCGCCGCCCCGGGCCCGGCCCCCGCUCCGCCUCGGCCUCUCUGCUGCCCGAUGCCUUCGCCCUGACCGCCUUCGAGUGCGAGCCACAGGCCCUGCGCCGCCCGCCCGGGCCCUUCCCCGCUGCACCUGCCGUCCCCGAAGGCACCGAUCCCGGAGAGGCCCCGACGCCCCCUAGCAGCGCCCAGCGGAGCCCCAGGCCGCACCCCGCUGCGCACCCGCACGCCGGCUCUCUGCACCCUGGCCUGAGCGCAUCGUGGGGCGAGCCGGGGGGGCUGCGCGCGGAGGGCGGCGGCGGCAGCACCAGCAGCUUCCUGAGCUCCCCCUCCGAAUCCUCGGGCUACGCCACGCUUCACUCGGACUCGCUGGGCUCCGCGUCCUAGGACCGCCGGCGCCUCUCCAUGGACGCCAGUCAGGCCAGGCCGCCCUCCAGGGCCACAGCACCAAAGACGCCCGCCUCCGCCCCGCGCGCAGACAUGCACCACCCCUCCCAGGGAUGAGGGGGCGUUGGCCUCGGCGUUUGUCUUCCGGCUCCUCUCAGCUGGCCUUGUCCCAAGGGCAACGGCUGCACCGGACGACUGCACUGGCACCGCAUGUUCCUGGCUGAGUGAGGUCGGGCCUGGGGAGCUGAGUGACAUCCCAAGUUUGGGCUUGGGUAGUGAGUGACAUGUGCACGUCCAGCUGCGCCAUCACCAACCCUGGGCAACAGGACAUCGGGAGCAGGGAACCUGAGACAGGGCCAACGCGGGACAGAACAAAGCCCCGCCUUGGAGAGGCUGAGCUGGAGCCACUGGACUCCCCAGGGGCUUUCCACCCACGCUGCACCAUAACUGCCACACCUGGAGGGGUGGGGUACAGAGGGUCUCUAAGCACAGGGGUCGUCAGAGCCCAAACAAGCUCUGAUCAGGUCUCCCUGCUUCCGACCUGUCUUGCCUCAGUUUCCCCAUCUGAUGAGCAGGUGACCACGUUAACUCUCAGGGCUGUUUGAAGUCUCUUGGUCAUAGGCCCUGGCCACUGAGUGGCCCAGGUGUGAGAGGUAGUCUAGGGCUCUCUGGCCUUUGUGGAGGUCUGUAUUCAGCAUGUGGCCUGGUGUGGCCCCCUAGGCCUGAGGCCUCCCACUCUCAGUGCCCCCUACCCCCUUGGGAACCCACACUCCACCCCAGCUAAGCACAACACUCUGCACCACCACCACUGGCACCUCAGCCACCUUGACCACCAUUAGUGUCCCCACCCUCAUUAUUCUGCCAUCAUUGCCUGUCCCCACCACAUCAGCUCCCUCCAUGGCUCCCACCAUGUGUGUGGUGCAGGCAGAGAGCACGAGGGCAGCAGGGCCUGGGCUUCCGUGUCCCCACGUCAUCCCCAGCCUCACUCCCCACCCGUGUAGGCCUGGCCAGGAAGGGAUCCUGGCAGGGGCUUCCAGGUUCUCAGCUCAAGGCCUGGCUCCAGGCAGGCAUCUAACCCCUGGGAGCAAUGUAUUUCUUUGCCUUCCCUCCUGGGCAGACCCCUUACAGGCCUGGGUAUUGCCAUGGGCCCUGGGUCUUCCCAGGCUAAGGAAAACCAGGAACAGCUAUAACCUUGAGCUGGUGAAAUAGGGCAGAUGAGAAAGCUAUCUCCUCCAGACCCCUACCCCUAUGCAGUGGCCCCACAAUAUGAAAACCUGGGGUAGUUUGCAAGGUCAGCAUAGAGCCUGCCUGUGCCCAGUUCCUUCUGGCCAUCAGGUGGCCAAGCCUAUCUCAUCACCCUUCAGAUAGGGUCCCACUCCCAGAAGAAGCUGCUGGGGUGGGGUGGGAGGCUGCCUAAGCCUGUCUCUGCUUCAGAGGCCCCUCCAGUCCCUGGCUGUGGGGUAACUGGGGGUAUGAGCUGUGGCCACAGGUGAGCAAGGCAGGGAAGUGCAAUCCAGCCCUGGCCGCGGGAGGGGCCAUCUCUGGCCAAUGCUGCUGUGCCUUCAAGGACUGACAAGUUACGUAGGGGCAGAGGUCACCAGCUAGCCAUUGUUUCCUCCACCUGGGGGGCGUCUGUCCACUUGUCACCUUAGGUUUUCACUCAUUUGUCACCUUGGGGUUUUGCUCUGUGUUUCAUAUCCAAUGGCAAUACUUACAGGGGGACAAAGUCCCCUAAAUCACUCCAGUCCUGCGGUUUUUACAAAAAUAAAGGGGGGGACCCUGGGCCUGGAGUUCUCUCCCAAACUUUGUCCGGCCUCCAGGCCUGUUCGCUGCGUUUCUAAGGAACUUGACCCUGGCCUCACUGGGGAGGGAGUUGUCUUCAUAGCACACCCAGAGCCAGGGAUCCCUUUGUAGUUUUUUGACAACUGAGCAUUUCUCUUCUGUACAGGACCCAAUAAAAACUUCCUUAUGAUUUGCACCUGGCA